AUGAAAAAAGGAGUUAUUGCAGCUAAGAUAUUUUCAUUAAGUAGUUCUGCACUUGGUGUUGUAAUGAUACCAGUUUUAACAAAUUACCUCUGGGUUGCAGCAUCAGAAAAACCAUCAAUGUUGUUUUUUACAGUAUUGGCAAAUUCAUUUCUUGGUUUAUUAACAUUUACACCAUUAUUGUUACAUUUUUUGGUUAAAAGAUUUGUUUGCAAUAUUUAUUAUAAUCAUGAUACAGAAACAUUUACCUCUGUACAUUAUAAUUUUUUUUUAAAAAAAAUGGCAUUACAAUUUAAGGCUUCUGAUGUUGCUGAUGGUGAUACAGCUCCUGAAGCAAAAAAAUUAUAUAUACCAUUAGCUACAUUAUUUAUUAAAGGAAAACCUUUUAUAGUAACUUUAGAUAAAAAUCAAUAUAGAGAUCAGUUAGCUUUUGAAAAAAUGACAAAAGGAAUCAAAAUACCAGAAGGUGCUGAUUAA